CCUGAGCUCGUCUCCAUACAGUAUCACUGUCCACCUUUAGCCUCGCACGGCACGGUGAGUUACUGGACGAGGCUGGCCACAACAUCCCAUUGCCUGCCCCGGCAAUAAUGGAUCAUCACCAGCCCCAGAUCAGCGAGUUGGCGGGCGACCCGGACACGGUCGACGAGAAGGAGCGGAACAGCAUAGCAACUGAGGAAUCUCUGCAUACGACCGACUCGUCGGUUGAGGUGGCAAGUGAGGGCCGUACAACUGAAAAGGCGAACGCCAUCCGCCAAGCAUGCGACCUGCGUGACUUCGACGCACUGGUUUCCUAUGCAACUUCUGAGGGUGGCUUCUUAAAUGACGAUAUUAGACGAGUGGCUUGGCCCAUUCUCCUUCAGUGCGAUCGAAGAGAGUCUGUUCACGACUUCACGGGGUGGGAAGACCUGCCCCCGCAUGUGGACGAGGAGCAGAUCCAGCUAGAUGUAAAUCGGUCUUUCGUCUACUACCCUGAUGGUUCUGAAGAGGAGAUCUCGACGAAGAAAGAUGAGCUUUCUCAACUCAUUAAGCAAGUUCUGCGGAAAUAUCCAAUGCUGUGCUACUUCCAAGGGUACCAUGAUAUCGUGCAAGUGCUCUACCUUGUGCUUGGCGGCCAUGGGGCCGCUCCUGCUGUUGCGCAGAUCUCGCUCCUGCGGAUUCGAGACUACAUGCUCCCGACACUUUCUCCUGCCUUGAAACACUUACAACUACUGCCGGCGAUUAUUGAGCUGGCCGACUCGUCAUUACGCCAUCACCUUGCCGAGAUUCAACCCUUCUUUGCCCUCGCGGCGACUUUGACCUUGUAUGCUCAUGAUAUCCAGGAGUAUAGCGACAUUGCUCGCCUGUUCGAUUUCCUGCUAGCUGAGGAACCUGUGGUGUCGGUAUACCUCUUCGCAGCGAUCAUUCUCUCUCGCAAGCAAGAACUGCUCGAAAUUCCUGAAGAAGAGCCAGAGAUGCUCCACUUCACUCUAUCAAAAUUACCCAAUCCUUUAGACCUUGACGGGUUGAUCCUAUCUGCCGUCCGGCUUUUCAAAGACUAUCCGCCGGAAUCGUUGCCAUUCGGGGCUUGGAAGCAGGUCCCAUCAUGCAGCGCCCUCAAGACAUCCCGGGGACUCGUGCCUACUCAUAGCAAAGAUGAAGCUCUUAAAUACUUCAGACAGCAAACACGGCAGCUACGCUACGAGGAGGGCAGAGAAAAGGCAGUUGCGUUCUUGUGGAACCACAGGAGAACAAUCGGUUCGGUGGCCGUCACCGUCUUGAUUGGGGCGAUGUCGAUCUAUAUAAGACGCAAGGGACUCGACACUACCAUCUGGUCCUAUCUGGGUCGACUCAAAUCGACAUUGCAGCACCGCGGCUUCUUGUGACUAGCUCAAUAGUGUCGUCUCUUCUCAUCCGAAUAUCUCUAGAGGAGGAUGGAAUGUCUAUGAUGGUUGUAUCUAGAGCUGUAUACUAUACAGUACUGAUUG